AAGGCUGUUCGAGCACGCAAAGGCAAUGCAGCUGAUACUUUUGGCGGAGUAACGAAGCAGUUGAAGACGAAGUUGGAGAAAGAUGCGGGAGUGGUAGUGGACGCUACGAUAUUGGCGGGCGAUGGAGCUGCUAUGGUAAGCUGUACUUUCGACUGGGUCCACCUUAUGAAACUCCGAUCAGACAUGCCCUUCCGCCUUGUCAAAUCUACGGUUUUACGGUCCGGCCCGUACGCAACCCACGUAGCCAUCCUCCUGCGCCAGGAUGUGCCAUUCAGAAUCCUCGCUUUGCCGCUCCACAUCCGCACCAAAAUCCUAAGGCUCACGCUGAAGCAUGAAGAGCCAAGUAUUCCCAUCGUCAUCAAGCAAAGCAGCGCACGCUCAAUCUGGUCCCCCACAUACCACGCCCGCUUCCUGUUGGCCAUGCUGCAAACCUGCAAACAAAUCCACGCGGAAGCCGCACCGCUUGUAUACGGUCAAUCAUUCUACUUCCCAAGUACCCAAGUAAUAUGCGAUUUCUUGCUCCGCAUCGGCAACCACCGGCGCUUCUUGCGCUCUCUCCGCUCCGAAACCUAUGCUUCUCGGUCUGCAAGGACUAUGUUUCACCUCCUGGCUGAGGCACGAUACCUAGAGCGGCUGAGCUUUGCGCAUGUCAGUAGUAGUGAGACUCCGAAGGCAGCAGUGAAGAAUAUCUGGAACGACGCUGAGAAUUGGCUAUUGGGACUUGAUAGGAAUAAUCCGUGCAAGGGACUCGAUGUCUUGGUAUUUGAUGAGCAGGCUUUCCAUAUGCGGGAGAAAGACUUAGAGGCCGGUGGGUUCAAGGUGCUGCAAUGGGGACCUGCUGAACAGUUGGAGUUCUUGAAGGGACUCAGGGCAAAGAUGGUCGCUGAAGAGAAAAGACUG